UCUGCCAUGCCUCGACGUCGGCCCAACGCAGCAUGCAGGAGAAUCGUCUGGCCGCCGCUGCACCCAUCCUCCUACUGCACGUCAUUCGUAAAUCCAUUGCCACCACCUUGCUAGUCAGGGCAUGGGCCGACGAGGCCGCCGCUGAGCACACCCCGCUAGCACCGCCUGCUGCUCCCGAGAGAAACACGGUCACGUCGCGAAUUAGUACAUGAUACACCACCACAAGAAUACCUACCUAGGAAACAUGCCCCCGCCUGCUCCCCCGAGUCAGCUCCCGUCCCCAGCUAACCCGGAACGAUCUGCAACGGCAACGCGAAGCGAAGCGAACCGCUAGUAAAGGCGGGGCUGAGGCCGCAGAGUCUCGUGAGUCUUCCAGGAACCACGAACCCACAAACCCAUCGCUGCACUUCGGCCUCCUACAGCUGCAUCCACCUGCCUCCCUGCCGUAUCCUUCCAUCGCCCACCCACCACAACGUCUGUUGCCAUCGACCGCCAAGAUGCCUCGGGACUUAUUAGCAGACAAGAAGACGCUGGAUGCCAUGCCCCAACUAUCAAGAGAACCUGAGACCGUCUCUAGUCCGGAACCCGUCGAGCAAUCUAGUCUGGUACCCCAUCGCAGCUCCAACAUUGCCCAGGAGGGGCGGUUGAAGCAGAUGGGAGUUCGUCCAUAUGCUUCUUUGCUGAACAUCGACGACCUUGACGACUGCGAUUGGCUUGAGCAUGCCGCCUUUGAUCCGGUUGAAGCCGCGUCGCGCGAGAAGCUCGAAUACCGUCUGCGAACCUGCGGUGAACUAUGUAGCGGCCUCUUCUCAUCCGCCUACCCCACCACAUCAGGGCCACUAGGCGAAACUAUUAAAUUGCAUUCGUUUCCGUCAUUAGACUCGACCGACACUGACCGGAAGCGUGUGAUAAUUGGCCACAUCAUCUCAACCAAAGCGAACUCACCUGUUGUUACUGAUGACGCUAUGGACUACCCCAAGGACUGGAAGACCAACUACCAGCUUACGCCAAAAGUAGGGCACAAUGAAGACGGCCAGACAGUGUGCCUGCACUCGCUAUGUGUGCAUCCCAACUUCGCGCGCAAAGGGCUCGGCUCGAUAUUACUGCAGAGCUACGUACAAAGAAUCAAAGACUCAGGUGUGGCAUCUAGGAUAGCGCUCAUCUGUAGGGACCGAUAUAUACAGUUCUACGAGAAGGCGGGGUUCAAGAAGAUUGGCCCGAGUAAAUGCCAGUAUGGUGGAGGAAACUGGGUAGACAUGGUCCUAGACUUUGAAGAUAGUGGAGAUGAUGGAUGGGAAUAUUGAGUGGAACUGGCAGACCAAGUCGACCCUUGAUGGAUUGAUAUCAGUAGGCUAGAUCAUACACUAUCUAGUACGAGCCUGCCAAAGUUUAUGCGUAUUGACUCCUAUCCUCCCAUCGAUCCUGCAACGCCUUUCCAUCGAUGCUUGCAAAGGCGAAGCCACUCUCAUACCUAGCAUACUCAACCAACUUCAGCGUGUCCAACUUCGCUCCAGCCUCAGUCUGCGCCCACAUCGCCACGCUCAAAACAUUCUCGCCCUUCAUAUUGAGGAUGCCAGGAG